CGGCGAAAGAGGGAGGGGAGGGGGGUGUCAGGGGCGGGGUCCUGGUGUAUUAAGCUCUGGGCGUACGCUCGCAAGGCUCCUGCUUCCUGCUUGCAUCGGUGCCUGUGUGCCGCUAUCUCCCGAGAUGCCUCCCUACACCAUCACCUACUUCCCUGUUCGAGGGCGAUGCGAGGGCAUGCGGAUGCUCCUGGCUGACCAGGGCCAGACCUGGAAGGAGGACGUAGUGACCAGAGACAUGUGGAUGAAGGGGGACCUCAAGGCCAGCUGCCUCUACGGCCAGCUCCCCAAGUUCACGGAUGGAGAUCUCACCUUGUACCAGAGCAAUGCCAUCCUGAGAUAUCUGGGGCGCAAAUACGGGCUCUACGGGAAAGACUCUAAAGAAGCCGCCCUCUUGGACGUGGCUAACGACGGCGUGGAGGACCUCCGGCUCAAGUACGCUCGCCUCAUCUACCAGAAUUAUGAGGAAGGCAAGGAGCAGUAUGUGAAGGAGCUUCCUGUCCAGCUGAAGCCGUUUGAGACCCUGCUGAGCCAGAACCAGGGCGGCAAGACCUUUCUUGUGGGGGACCAGAUCUCUUUUGCGGACUACAACUUGCUGGACCUGCUGCUGAUCCAUCAGAUACUGGCCCCCAGCUGCCUGGACGCCUUCCCCUUACUGUCUGCCUAUGUAGCUCGGCUCUCUUCCCGGCCCAAGCUGAAGGCCUUCCUGGCCUCACCCCAGCACACCGAUCUCCCCAUCAACGGCAAUGGUAAACAGUGAGGACUCAUGGUAAACAGCAAGGGCUCGGCUGACCCUUGUCUCCCAAUAAAGGCUUUCAAGCAAA